AUGCGCACCUCGUUUGUAACUCUUCUGCUUGCAUGCAGCAGCUACACUGCCCUCGCAUUGCCCUCACACGGUAGCCUCGCCAAGCGAUCCUGCGAUGCCAAUUGUAUCGCCCAGGGUUUCCAAUCGGGCAUGUGCGCCAGCGAGAACACCCCCUCCCUGCAACUCCUAGGCCUUGAGCUCCUCGGCCAGGCCUUGCCAGGCUGCAUGUGCAUCCCAACCAGCGGCUCCGGCAGCAGCUCCACCGGCGCCACCAACGCCGCCAACGUCCCCGCUGCCAACGCCGCCGCUGCCACGACGACCACCACUGCUACUGUAACUACCACCUCAACUGCCGUCCUGACUUCCACUUCCACCGCGACAACCACCGUCACCACCACUAGCACUACCACUGCCACAGCCACUAACACCCAAGUCGCAUUUCAAGCAGCCCCAGCAGUAAACCCACCUGCCCCCAGCACCGUCACCAGCACUGCCACCGUAACCACGACUGCCACCACGACUGCCACCACGACUGCCACCACCACUGCCACCACCACUGCCACCACGACUGCCACCACCACUGCCACCGAAACGGAAACAGAAACCCAAACCCAAACCCAAACGCACACGCAAUUCAGCACCCGCACCAUCACCCAUUCUGCCCCUACCGCCACUACGACCAUUACUACCUCUGAUGCAAACGCAGCAGCGGCUCCUGCUGCUGCUGCCGCCGUCCAGACCGUGUACACGGCCACCACGACGAACCAUAUCCCGUUCACGACGACGAAGACGGUGGUGGUCAAGACGACGACGACGGUGUGCCCGACUUCUUCUUAG